UUUAUUUUCUGCUCAUACGUGAAUUUGUUUCAAUUCUUCUAGGUUGAGAAUUUGUGCGCGAGCAAUAAUAAAAUUUAAUAAUUUCCUGAAAUUUACUUUUAAAACAAGAUUAGAAUACUUCUAAAAGUAAUUAACUAAGUUCUAAAUAAACGAAUACUUGAAAGCAGUAAAAUGGUUGACAAAAUUGAUAUGAGCUUGGAUGAGAUAAUAAAAAGUCAAAAGCCAAAAACUGGCGGCGGUCGCGGUACAAGCGGGCCACGGCGUGGAGGAGGUCGACCAAAUCGCGGAGGUGCAAAUACAGAUGUACGCCGAAGGCCCGUUGGUGGUGCUACUUUAAAAGGACGUAGUCGCGGCGGGGGAAUACAAAAGGCGAAAUUCGCAAGGGGCGAUGUAAACAGCGCUUGGAAACAUGACAUGUACGACGGACCAAAACGUGGAAUUUUAAAAGGAUCUUCUGAAGUAGCAAAGUUGCUUGUCUCCAAUUUGGAUUAUGGCGUUUCGGAUUCGGAUAUUCAGGAGUUAUUUGCAGAAUUCGGUCCGCUGAAGAAGGCAGCCGUUCAUUAUGAUCGCUCCGGUCGUUCAUUAGGAACUGCCGAUGUUGUAUUUGAACGUCGUUCUGAUGCUCUCAAGGCUAUUAAACAAUAUAAUGGCGUUCCUUUGGAUGGACGACCUAUGAAUAUACAGUUAACCACUUCUGACGUUUCUGCAUUAACAAGAGUUGGUCGCAUUGGAAGUGGUGGUAGCGGCAGUCCGGUUAAGCGUAGAACAGGCUCAGCCCCACCUCCAAGACGUGGAGCUAGUAAUGCGGUACGUCGUGGGACAACCAAUCGCAAAGGCGUUGCGGGAGGAAAACGGGUAGGGCGCACCAAAGCUCCUGAGAAAACUGCAGCUGAAUUAGAUGCCGAGUUGGAUGCUUAUGUUAAUGAUAUGAAAAUUUAGAAAUAAUAAGAGAUUAAUAGCUAAGUCACGACAUUAACUUACUUUUGACUUUGACUUAAAAAAAUAUAAUAUAGAUGAGCGAGUAUGUAAAAGAAAAGAUAUCUUAAAAACCAAAAAGUACAAGAUUGCAAAGAUUUGUACUGCAUCUUGCAAGAUUUAAUACAUGUUUUUUUUAUUUUAUUUAUGUAUGUAUCUCAAUUCAAUAAGUUGGCCUAUAAACUGAAAUAAUGUUAAUACAUUAUGCCUCGUAGAAAUGUACGAGUUGAGGCAAAACUCAAAAUUUACAAAGUCGUCAUUACAACUUUUAUAAGCAUUUCAUAUUUUCUCAACUAAUUUUACUUUACAUACUCUGUAAAUAAAAAGAUCACAUUAAAAAG